AUGAGCCAAGCGAUUUAUGAUUCAAGACAAGGUGGUUUUCGUGUAUUUAUUGGUAAUUUGGGUUCACGUACAAAUGUAUCUGAUCUUAAACAAGAAUGUGAACGAUAUGGAUCGGUAAUUGAUUGCUGGGUAGCACGCAAUCCACCAGGAUUUGCAUUUGUACUUUUUAAAUAUGGUGAAGAUGCUGUUUCAGCUGUUCGAAAUAUGGAUGGACGUAUGGUAUGUGGACAGCGCGUACGAGUAGAACAUGCCAAAGCACGUUCAAUAUAUCCUCGUAAUGCACCAACAUAUGGUGGUUAUCAUGGUGGAGAUGAUGAUUAUCGUGAUAGUUAUGACAGUGGUCGAGAUGAUGAUCGACGACGUCGUCGUCGUCGUUCACAUGAUCGUCGUUCACGCUCUCGUAGCAGCAGUCGAGAACGUUCAAAAAAAAAAUCAUCUCGUCGUCGACAUAGUAGUGAUGAUUCAAGUCAUGAACGUAGUUCUCGACGCAAACAUAAAAGUCGUUCACGUGAUCGAAGUGAUUCAGAUGAUUCAAGUAGUAAUCGUGAUAAAAAACGUUCUGGACGUCGUCGAACAAAAUCAAAAACACCAAAUGAUAAAAAGAAUAAUCAUUCCAAACGUCGUUCAUCACGAUCAGCAUCGCAAGAUAAAGAUACUGAUGAUGAUCAAACAUCUAAUCAUUCGAAAGACAGUUCAUCAUCAUCAAGACAUGACCAUGAUGAUGAUGAUGACGAUGGUGAUAAGAAAAGUGAUCGACGAAAAUCAUCACGUGGUAAAUCUGAUGAUGAAAGUGAUACAAGUGAUAAUGAAAAUAAAAAAAUGAAUCGUCGUAAUUCAACAAAUGAUGCUAUGGAUGAUGAUAAACAAGAAAAUGAAUCAAAACUUUCAAACAUUGAAAGUAAUAAUUAA